CGACGAGAGACCUGGUAGCCAGUCCAGGAAUUUUACAUGCACUGGAGGGUCUCCGCCCCAUUCCGGCUUUGCAUGGGCAGAGAGGAUGGCUGCAUCAAAGAAUGUCCAUUGGGCAAGAGCAAACUGUGGUGGCGUUGUGACUAGACAAGCGCAGCGAAUGAUGCAUACCUACCAGUGCUCCUGCAAUGUAUACGCCUACUGUACGACGGUGCUUUCCUAAGGUAAAUUCUGGGAAAGGAUUGAGGCAGACACGACGGGGGUCGUAGUUGGCACGAGGGAGAGACAUAGUAGUAAUGGGCAAGAUCGCGGUAAAGGACAAACCUUGCUAUCUUCCACGAUGAGUACACGAGUUUGGCCACUGUCCGUCGACGACCGUCAAGCACUCAUCAAGGCUGCCUUCGAGGCAAAGGAGCAUUCUUACAGCCCUUACUCAAAGUUUCCUGUCGGCGCUGCUCUAAUGGCUGCAGACGGCUCCAUCAUCAAGGGAGCUAAUAUCGAGAAUGCAUCCUAUGGCGGAACUAUCUGUGCUGAGCGAACGGCCUUUGUCAAAGCGGUCAGUGAAGGCAUUAAAUCAUUCGUUGGGCUCGCCGUCACGACCAACGUACCGGCUACAAUCUCGCCUUGCGGUGCGUGUCGUCAGGUCAUUCGUGAAUUCUGCGCCCUCGACAUGCCUGUGCUCCUCGUACCUGGAGAUUAUCCAAAAUCACCAGACGACAAGAGGGACCAAGGAAAGUCUGGUAUGACUGAAGGCGGCGUGCGAGAGACGAGUCUUGGCGAGUUGCUGCCCGAUAGCUUUGGGCCAGAGCAUUUGGAACUUCCUAGAAAGUGA